UUGUCCAAUCAGCAAACGACGAUUUCUAUUUGGAUUAUAAAUUAAAGUUUUUUCAUAUACAACAAUAUACAUGGUUGAUACAAAUUUUGAAAUCCCAACUUCUUUUGAUCCUGAGGACCAAAUCCCAAGGAGUUUCGAUCCGUUCGCGGAGUCGAAGGACUUAGGUACCCGUGGAACAAAUAAAGAGUAUGUCCAUAUUCGUGUACAACAAAGGAAUGGUAAGAAAAGUUGGACAAUGAUUGAAGGUCUGAAUAAAGACUUUAAUUGCGAAAAAUUACUUAAAGAGCUCAAAAAAGAGUAUUGCUGCAAUGGAACAAUUAUCCAUGACAAGGAACUCGGAAAAGUGAUACAAUUACAGGGCGAUCAUCGCAAAAACGUAUCACAAUUCCUUCAUAAGGCUGAUAUUGUUAAGAAGGAACAAAUCAAGGUUCAUGGUUUUUAAGUUUUAGAUGCAUAAUAUUGUGUU